AUGGAUCCGCCUGUGGACAAAUAUUAUCUAACGUAUAUAACAUUUUUAGUACAUGGCAUAGGAAUACUGAUGCCUUGGAAUAUGUUUAUUACAGCUAUUGGGUAUUUUACACAGUACAAACUGUCAGCAUCAUAUAUUGGAUACGACUUUCCGUUUUUAUCGAAAUUUAUGCAAUAUUUAACAUUUUGCUCACAAAUACCUGCAGUCAUAUUGAGUUGGAUGAAUAUUUUUGUGACAAUGAAAGGAAAAUUGACCCUUAGAAUUGUUUGGAGUAUAGGGGUUGUUAUUGUAGUAUUUAUUUUCACUAUAUUUAUGGCAAUGCUAGAUACUAGUAAUGCACCAAAUUUCUUCUUUUGGUCAACGAUGUUAUGUGUCGUGAUAAUGAAUAGUGCCAAUGGAGUUUACCAAAACAGUAUAUUUGGUUUAAUAGCAAAAUUGCCCGGCAAAUACACAGCGGCAGUCAUACUGGGAAACAACAUUAGUGGAACCUUUGCCUCUAUCGUCAGCCUAAUAUCUAAACUAAGUACUCCAAAUCUAAAACUGGCUGCAAUAUGGUAUUUUAUUAUGGCUCUUUUUGUACUUUUGUUAUGCUUCGACACGUAUUUUGCCCUGCCUCUGAAUAAAUACUAUCGAUUUUACGAUGAACAUGAAAAGCAAGUAGAACAGCAAGCUAAAAGCUCUACUGGUGAAACAGAAAGACCACCUUAUUGGAAAAUUACUAAGCAAGCGUUUCCCCAGUUGGCAAACGUAUUUUUAGUGUUUUUUGUAACUCUUGCAGUUUUUCCAGCUCUUCAAGCAGGUAUUCAGAAAAGUAACAAAAACUUCUUUGUUUCUGACUAUGUUUACGUAGAUGUUAUGUGCUUCUUGACAUUUAAUGUAUUUGCAAUGAUUGGUUCUUGGUUGCCUACAUAUGUUAUAUGGCCUGGUCCAAAAGUACUGUGGAUACCUGUUACAGUAAGACUAAUAUACAUACCUCUGUUUUUAUUCUGCAACUAUCAAGUGGACGGAGUCACUCGAAAUUUACCCGUGCUUAUCAAAAACGACUAUAUUUACUUUCUCAUAGGAGCAACAAUGGCUAUUUCAAGCGGAUAUUUAAGUUCACUGGCUAUGAUGUAUGCUCCUGGUACGGUGGAAGAACGUUAUGCCCAAACAGCAGCAAUGAUUGCAGCAGCAGCUCUACUAUCUGGAAUAUUCACCGGUAUUCUUAUUGCUUUUAUGUGGCCAGAAGUAAUUGGCUAG